UGGCCCCAAAUUCGCAUAUUUGGUGUUCAGGAACCGGCUUCCGCUAUCUUUUCCCUGAUCAAUCUCGUCUUCCUUUUGAAGAUGCUUCGCAAAUUUCUUAUCUCUGUUCGCCCUUCUUCACCACUCUAUAUGUUCUGGCUGCUCUACGGGUUGGCUGGUAUCAAUACCUGGGUCUGGUCAACGCUCUUUCAUAUCUCCGAUACAAGAUUCACUGAGAAACUGGACUACUGUUCUGCGAUUGUAUUCGUCGGUUCCUUCUUUAUUGUCAGUUUGGCUAGGGUCACUUACGGAGUUCUGCAUCAUUGGCUGCGAUAUAUCCUCCUAUUCUGCGCUCUGCAAUACAUUCUCUCCUAUGUCUGCUUCAUAAUUUUCCUCGACGGUGUUCAAUAUAACUCACACAUGAAUAUCAGUGUGAGCAUAGGCAUGCAGUGUGUCGUGUUGUACAUAGGGAUUGCCGCCGUUCUGGAAAUUUUCGAUUUUCCCGCUAUCUUCUACCUAUUCGAUGCUCACUCCCUUUGGCAUGCGGCGACUGUCCCAACCUAUUUGUCAAUUUUUUCGUAA